AUGACGCACACCUACAAGUUCAACGUUGCCAUGAGCUGUGGCGGCUGCUCCGGCGCCAUCGAGCGCGUGCUCAAGAAGCUCGAUGGUGUUGAGUCCUACAAUGUAUCGCUCGAGACUCAGACCGCCGAGAUUCAGGCAGCCGACUCGCUAUCCUACGACACCGUCCUCGAGAAGAUCAAGAAGACUGGCAAGACCAUCAAGUCUGGCGAGGCUGAUGGUGAGGCCAAGGACAUCUAG